GGAAUGAAAUUGCAGGGAACGUUCAACGGAAGUUGACGGACGGUUGCAAGCGUUUAUGAGAGACAGACAAAAAAUUAAACUAUUGAGAAUUUGAGAUUUUGCAGUGAUUUAAUUCCCCCUUCCCUAUUUUAUGGAUACCAGUUCCAACAUGGACAUAGAAGGCGCGACCCAGCACCUUCGGGACAUCUUAAAACUGGAUCGUCCCGGUAAUUCGGCCGAGUCAUCAUUGGUAGAAAGCCAGAGAAAACCAUCUUUCAAUGGAGAGAUGAAUGGUGUUCUUGGAGCAGAUCUUAUUGGAGCAGGACUGAUGGAGCCAACUACUCACAACUCAGACAAACUUAAUGGACAGGACACGCAGACUAUCUGUCUUUCAGGAGACGAUGGGUCCACCUGUGUCCCCAUCAGAGCAAACAAUGUGGAAAUUGUGUCCAGUCGUGACUCUAGUAUUGACAGUAAGGCUCGAGGCAGCAACAAGGUUAAAAUUCAGCCAGUGGCCAAAUAUGACUGGGAGCACAAAUACUACUAUGGCAAUUUAAUAGCUGUGUCCAACUCUUACUUGGCUUAUGCCAUCAGAGGUGCAAACAAUCAUUCUAUGAUCCGAGUGCUGCGGCUGGGAUCAACGGAGCGUUCGCUGCUGAAGGGCUUCACAGGUGCAGUCACAGACCUUGCUUUUGCCCACUUGGACUCCACCCUGUUGGGCUGCGUGGAUGAGGCUGGAAACUUGUUCAUUUGGCAGCUCACAAGCCACAACAGCAAAAUACAAGAUGAAGUGUUUGUUCACAUCCGAAGGCCUGAGGACACUCCACUAAAUUCCAACCGCAGACUCAUCUGGUGUCCCUUCAUCCCGGAGGACAAUGAUGAGAGCCCAGAGGAUGCGUGUCAGACAUUGGCACUCCUUCAUGAAGACAGAGCUGAGGUUUGGGACCUUGACAUCCUCCGAUCCAAUAACACCUCGUGGCCUGUGGAUGCCACUGACCUGAAAGAGGGUUUCAUUACCAUUAGAGGACACACAGCACGCAUUAGUGAGGGAGCACUGUCCCCUGAUGGCACUGUCUUGGCCACAGCCAGUCAUGAUGGAUAUGUAAAGUUUUGGCAAAUCUACAUUGAAGGACAGGACCAGCCCAGUAAAUGCAGCUAUGAUGAGCAUAAGAGACUGAUUUCAAAAACACAAAAUCUUACCAACGAACCAACCAAACGAUGCCUGCAUGAAUGGCAGCCACAAAACGGACGGCCUCUUUCCUGCCUGCUCUUUUGUGACAACCACAAGAAGCAAGACCCAGAAGUUCCUUUCUGGCGCUUCCUGAUCACUGGAGCUGAUCAGAACCAGGAACUGAAGAUGUGGUGCACAGUGUCAUGGACGUGCUUACAAACCAUCAGGUUCUCUCCAGAUCCAUUCAACAGCAGUGUGCUACCCAGCCUGAAGGCCAGUUUGGACCUGUCUGCAGAAUUUCUCAUUCUCAGUGAUGUUCAGAGGAAGGUGUUGUACGUCAUGGAGCUACUACAGGAUCAGGAACAAGGCCGUGCCAGCUUCACUGCAGUUUCAGAGUUUCUGCUUACACACCCUGUGCUCAGCUUCGGCAUACAGGAUGUGGCCCGCACCCGACUGCGCCACACUGAGGUCCUUCCACCUGAUGAGGAAAGCGAAAGCAUGACGACAGAAGGAAACCAGGGACCCUCCGAGUCCAAAUCAGGAAUCCAGAUUAAACUCUACUGCGUGCAUACAAAAUCACUACAGGAUGUGCAGAUCUGGUUCCAGCCCAAUCAGGGGGCCUCAUCCUCCCUCUUCAUGCCUCAGUCUGGGUCCCAGGAUGGCUUUGGUUUUUCUGACCCACUGGCUGAUCUGAACGUGGAGGCAAUGAGCUCUGAUAAGGAGUCUGGUGAUAGUGGAUCACACAAUGACCUGAGUAAGAUUCUGGCUCUUCCAACUCCAGCUGACUUCAUGAGUCCAGCCCCUUCAGCCUUGCCCAAACUCAUGACCCCAGAUGCCUUCAUGACGCCCAGCACCUCCAUGCCUGCUUCUCCUGGCAGCAGUGCAAGCAGCCUGACCAUAGUCACGGCCAUGAGCAGCUCAGAUAGCGGUGCAAGAGGUGGAGAUGAUCUGGCUCAGAGCCCUAAAAUGUCUGUUGAAUGUGGCAACAGCAGCUUGACUCUGAGUGCCAGCGCAGGCAGCCCAAGAUCCAACUCUAUCCUCAUCACAGGCCUUGGGGAAAAUCUUCAGGUUUCCCCCCCAAACCCUCCUCUCUCCCUGGAUCUCCAGGCCAUAGAGCCCAUGGUUGUCCCCCAGGCCUCUCCAACCAGAGCUCGCUCUCCAGAUGUUAUCUCCUCUGCUUCUACGGCAAUGUCCCAGGACAUCCCCGAGAUCGCCUCAGAGACCCUGCAGAGGGGGCUGGCCAGUGCCGCUGCUGACUCAAACCCUGUCCUGCAUUCUGACAGCAUGGCAUCAGCCGCAUCAGUCCUCCACCUGUUGUCUCCUAGAGCCCGGAGCAGUGCUGAGCACAGUUUGCUGCCUCUCGAAUUGGGUGCAGCAUCUGUGGAUGGAGAACAGAGACUCAAUAACACACCUUCACUGCUGGAGACGGCUCUGUCACAGGAGAACGCGGUAGCUGCUGGAGGAUCCUGUUCUGACAGCAGUGUGAACCACACCUGGCCCGCAGCACCUGAUAUCACACGAGAAACUCGCAACAGCCUCAGAGACAAUGGUUUGGGAGACUGCUCUAGGGAGGAAAUAAAGGACAGACACAUUUCCUCUCCCUACCACAGACGCACUUAUCACCUGACUCAGAAUGACAGUCAAGAUGCAAGUGCAGAGCAGAGUGAUCAUGAUGAUGAGGUUGCCAGUCUGGCCUCUUCCUCGGGGAACUGUGGCCCUCGCUCCUCUCACAGACUUCCCGUAAAGGACUGGAAAACAUCUCCGCGCAGCUCCCCUAAGCUCAAGAGGAAGAGCAAGAAGGAUGAAGGAGAGUCCUCACAGCCUCGACAGAUUGAGAACCAGAUGAGCACAGAGGUGCAGGAUGAGCUUCUACAGAUGUUACGGAGCCAGCAAAGGGAGAUCGCUGAGCUGAGACAGAACCAGCUGGACCUUCUGCAGAGAGUCACCUGUCACAUGGACGCUGUUCAGAGCUCCAUCAUGGCUCACAUUGAGCACGCCAUGUUGGCUCAGCAGGAGCAAGAACAGAGAAGAAUGGAGCGGAUUCUGGCUGAAGGACAAAGCCGAAACCAACAGCUCCAGGACCAGCUGGUUCAGCAGCUUGUCCAGACACUGAACAACAGUCUCUGCAAUCGGCUAGACAAAGUUUUGCGUGAAGAAAUGAAGAAGACCGUCCCACAGACAAUAUCGAAGAGUCUAGAACCUGUGACCAGCCAGUUGAACAGCACCAUUGCUGCCAAGUUAACCGCAGUAGAAGGAACAUUGAAGGAAAAUGUCACCAAAGUUGUUAAAUCCAAGAACACUACGGAUGCUAUCGGCCGUGCUGCAGCUGAGGCCAUGCAGGGUCCCAUCCAGUCAGCCUACAAAGAGACCUUCCAGGGCAUUGUGCUGCCCGUGUUUGAGAGAGGCUGCCAGUCCAUGUUUCAGCAAAUCAAUGACAGCUUCAAACAGGGAACACACGAGUACAUCCAACAGCUGGAGACACACAUUAAGAACAGGAAACAGCAGGACCAGGAUGCACGGGAUCCCGUGAUUGGUCAGCUGCAACAGAUGAUGGACACGCUCCAGAGUUCUCAAGACCAGCUGGCCACCACUGUGACGGCCAGCGUGUGCUCUGACGUCCAGCGUCAGCUCCACAUGAUCGUGGGAAAUCUGCAGGACUCAAUCCUGACGCAGGUACAGCGCAUAGUGAAGGGAGAGGUGAGUCUGGCCAUGAAGGAGCAGCAGGCAGCUGUCACCUCCAGCAUCAUGCAGGCCAUGCGCUCGGCCGCAGGAACACCUGUACCCUCUGCACAUCUGGACUACCAGGCCCAGCAGGCCAGCAUACUACAGUUACUACAGCAGGGCCAGCUCAAUGAGGCCUUCCAACAGGCUUUAUCCGCAGCAGACUUGAAUCUGGUGCUGUAUGUGUGCGAGACCAUUGACUCCCAGCAAGUAUUUGGCCAGCAGCCCUGUCCACUGCAUCAGGCCGUCCUUCUGUCUCUCAUCCAGCAGCUUUCCACCAACCUGAGCACACGCACAGAACUCAAGAUCAGUUAUCUUGAAGAUGCUGUAAUGAACCUGGACCAUGGCGAUCCAGUCACCAGAGACCACAUGUCUGCAGUGCUGACCCAGGUACGACAGAAGCUCUUACACUUCCUGCAGCAGGACGCCCACAGCCCUCUGAGCAAGCGCGCACGGCGCCUCAUGAUGAUGCUGCAGGGCCUGGUCAAUCACUAGAGCCCCUCCGGAUGAUGCAGCUGACACCUUCACAACCCCUCAGUCAUCACUCUGCAGUCUCAAAGACGACCGUCACGACCUCAUACCACCCUGUUGUUCACUUGCUUUAUCUGUGCUCUGCAGCUUAUUGGCUCUCUCAGAAGCACUAUUGGGAGUUGUAGUCCAGGCUUGGACUUAGGAUAUAUUGGCAGUUCUGGACUUCAUCUCUCCCUAUCGGUCCCUCCUUUCAGAUUUUUCUGCAUGUAAGAAAAUCCUUAGUUUGUAUGCAGAACCAUCAUGAAUGCAGAAUGGGACAUAUAGGCGACUUCAGUUAUUUUCAUUAUGCAUUCAAUGCCAGGAGACCACAACUUUUUUUUUUUUUUGCUUUCAUUCUUGACACAUCAGGAACAAGACUGGAGAGCGUAAGAGAAUGAAAACUAUAACAUGAACACUCCAGAUUUCUUCUGAAAGGCUGGUUUCCUGGCUGCGCUGCUUUUUUCUCUUUUUAUUUCUUUGAACGCUGCAGUCAUUGAGACAUUAUCGUCACCUCGUGAAUAUUAGCCCUGUUGGUUAUCGAUAAAGGUUGUAUAUAGGCCACUCAUCCUUAUCUGACUCAACUGUUAAUGCUGUCGGGAUUUGAAAAGUUCAAACAGUGAAACUUAUGGACAGCUGCAAAAAAUGUACCCACACAGUUGAUACCAUGUUUUUUCAAUCAACAGAGACUUGUAAAAUAUGUAACAGGGCUUAUUACAUUACCAAGGAAUGCUAACAACAUAGUUAUUUAGAAUUUCUUCGAAAGGAACCUUGAGUCUGUAACUUGCAGUACAUCUGUAAGUCUUUAGAGGGCAGGCGUUUGUGUAUUCUUUCUAAUUUUAUAUGCUGCUGCUGUGAAUUUUCUUUUUUUUUUCGGCAGAAUUACACUACACUAAAUUCAACAAGGCUCUUAUUAAAAAACAAUUUCACAGGGGGAAAAAAACUUUCCCUGUGAAAUUGUUUUUCUGUAUUGCAUCACCCAAAUAUUUGAAAGUGUUGGAGGAAGUGGAGGAGAAAUGCCUGUUUUCUGCUCUGUUCUGGUUAGUUGAUUGUAUUUUAUUUAGAUUGAGAACCCUUUUUUUCAUUAAGAAGGACUUUUUGGUCUUGGCCUUUGAUAAAGGAAGAACAGUAAGAAAGUGCCUUAUCAGACUGUUGCGUAUCAAAUAUUGGUAAUCGGGUCCUCUGACCCAACGUUGGGCGCCACAUUGGGGUGUGUGGCUUAUAUCCAAGCAAAUUUUCUUUUGCAGUAAAACACGGAAUUGAAGUUAGGAAUGGACAGGUUUGUCACUGAAACAUUUUGUAAACUGUGAUCUGAGUUAAUUUUUUCAGCCAUUUAUUCCUCCCAAGUUUCAUGCUAAUGCGAUGAGGAAGUGCCGGCCCUGCUGACUGUGUUCAUGUUAACACAUUAUUUGUUCCCCUGUCGUCUUUAUUUUUAGAGCUGUGCAUAUGCUAUCCAUAGCCAUUUGCAGCAGUCAGUGUGGCUUAUUAGGAAAUGUUUACAGGGUGUAGGCAAUGUGUCCUCUUUUGCUUUUUUCUCAUAAGUAUAAAAAAAAAAGCUCUUUAACGGACAUGAGCCUGCUGUGUAAUUCAAGGUAAAUUUGAGGCGCUAAUAAGGAUAUAUUAAACUCGGCAUGCUUGCAUGCUAAUGGUGAGAGCCAUGUAUUCAAACAUAGUUAACCUUUUUACCAAUUCAAAACCCCACUUUUGUUCAAGAUUUGUCCACCUGGAUUAUUCCCAUUUCAUCUUCAUUUCUCUUUCUUCUAUGGUAUAGUGUCCAGCAAAGUUGACCUGUGAUUGAAUAGAUUGUCUUGAUUCAGUUUUAAGUUAUGUCAGGUUGAAAACGUCCUCUUGUCAGUUUUAAGAUUUUGUUGCAGUGCAAGGUGAAUUUGUUUUCGAUGCUGUUUUAGACCGGUCUGAUGAUGUUGGGGAUACUAUACUAAUACACAAUGCCUUCAGUUUUUGAGGCUUACAGACCUUUUUCCCGUCAAGAGAUUUGCAUUGCAGGUUGUGAAUGACAAUUUAAUUGUCUGUAAUUUUUUCCCAUUGUGUUCUGAUUUUUGUUCCUUGUGAAUGCAAUUCUGUUGUAUAUUUUACACUUAUUUCUUUCAUCCUAGACGUUUUGGAAUAAAAAAAGAAAACCUUGUUCAGUGUUCA